AAAAUCUCAUAGAAAGCUAUUACUCAGCAAGUUAAAAUGAAUGGAGGUAGAAAAUCCUUGAAAGUUUCAUCCUCGCCAUUUGAUAAAUACGGCAAACGUUAGUUUACGCAAUCUGCAGAUGUCAUUUAGACCCUUGGAAUAAGUUCGGAAUUUUACCGAAAGAAAUGGAAAGCGACGACAGGUUGAAAUGGUACAAGUACGUCCUUAUUUAGGUGAAAACCUGGAAGAACCCGAACAAUAGCAUAACUAUGAGCAUAACCGUUUCAACUAUCUUUCUUACCCCUGCAAUCCUGUGUAGAUCUAUUUUUUUUCCCUUGAGAAAUGUAUUAGAGCAGAGCGAAAUAAAAAUGAUUACAUGCAAGUCUGGUGGGGAGAGAGGUGGGGUUUCUGCUCAAAAACAUGCGGCAAAAGUCCAUCCAUUUUCCUGUUUAUAGUCUGCGGUGCGUCGAAUAUUUAAUGCAGCAGACAUUUUGGGGUUUUCGCUUAACUCUCACUGGUGCCUCGCAUCCUUAACUGUGUGGCAACACGAGCAGCAGCAGGUGCCGUCGUCGCUCAAAAAAGUGAAACUAGACGAACGAACGCAGGCCAGUCGUAAAUUAGACGAUGGGAAAUCACGUUCGCUAAUCGUCUGCUGCUCCUGCUGCUGCUUCCUCCCGCAAGCUGUGAGGCAAAUGAAUACAUUACUCUCGGUUGCGUUUUCCCUUUCUUUGGUGUGUCGUAAAACUACUAGACGAGACAAACAGCGCAGAGCUCAGCAGCAUGCUACCAUUCAGGGCUUCCUUAUUUAGUUAAUGGGUAAAAGUUGAGUAAGAAAGAAAUCGGCCGAAAAUAAAAGGCUGGAAAAUAUGUGCAAGUCGACCACUAUAUAAUCAGCAUGUUUGCAGCUUUAUUCUUCAGUCAGAUUCAGUCUGCCGAGUAAACAACAACUUUGACUCCUCUCAUUCGCCAUGAAUCGCCUUCACGUAAGUAGAGGAAUAAGCAUUGCGCUGUUGGCUUGUCUGCUUUUGCUGCAACUGUCUACCGGCUCCACCGGCCCGGUCCGUUCCAACCGGAUGACUAGAGUAUUAACAUAACUGCUGGAUAGUAUAGUAGAAGUCGAUAUAGAAAUCACGCGUGCGCUAAUAAUCUUCUAUGCAGCUUCUAUUUUUUUGCAACGGGCUACAGGCGGCAGACAAAUGCAACGCAUCAGUCUCGCCAUUUUCCCUUUCGACUGUAUGUCGUUCAGCUAUCUAAAACGGCCAACCGUUUCUCUGCUGGGCAACCGGCAGCGAUAACGAAAAACUGCGGAGAAAGCGACUGCUGCUGUGAUGGAAAUCAAGUUAUAUGCCAGCGCUAUAUAAGUCCGUCGCUAUCUUAGUCGUUCACUCACAUUCAGUCAGAAACUAAAACAGACACCACAACCAGCACCGCACCGAGCCUUUGCAACAUGAAUUUUCUCAACAAGAGAAAUAGCGCAGUGGCUGUAGCUUGCCUGGUUUUAUUUCAGCUAGGCUGCAGUUACUCCAGUCCGGUUCGUUCACCUCGUACGUCUGCUUUGAAAUUACGCAACAUACUGGCCAACAUUCAACGAGUUCCUCGCAGCGAUCAAGAUUAUCACCUUAUUCCUAAUGAUGAGAAUGGAGCUGAUGUUGCAGUGACUCCUGGCCAAUCCUUCCUACCGACGACUGCUGAGGGCGUUCCCUUAGAUGAACCGGAAGCAAUUGAUAACACUGGCCCAAUCAGAAAUUAUCCAGACUCACCUGAUGGGUCUGACGAGACCGAGCUUCCAGCACUGCCAACAGAUGUCGACAGCGGAUUACGCAAUUCAGAUUCAGUUGAAACUGUGACGUCAUCUAAUGUUCAAGAGCCAAUUCAGAAGCUGGAGGAUCCUUCGUAUUCCAAGUUUCUUCCAGAACAAGAGCUUCCGACUACAUCUGAACUCUAUCAUUCACCAACUGCGGAAGCACCUUUUAAUCCAGCGGAACUUCCGCUCACGUAUCCAAUUGUACGCGUCCCGGAGGGUCCAUCAGCCAUACCCAUCACCGUUGCCGAUUUGCCUCUGGAGACCAUCUUACCAUCCACGGCAGCACUCCCAAAGAAAGAGGAAAUCAGUUCCUCAUCACCGGAAGCUCCCGAUCAGUCAGCAAUCAUUGCGCAACAAGGGAACAACGUUGGCGCUCUUCCGCUGGAGUUGGAUGCCAAAACGCAAACAGCGCCGUCUUCCUUUAGCGUCGAUCCGUCCAAAUAUCAGCCAAACAAUUCGUACGACCUGAUCACUACCGACAAUCCAAAUGAAAAGGUCAGUAACCCUUCCGGCCGUCCGAUCGGAUCUCGUUUGAGGGAGCUGGGCUUCCCUCCCAUAUCCAACACGCAAGACAAUUUUGGUGUUCAAGUCAAUUGGGCUGAAUUCAGGUAAUUCGGCUUCAAUCCGUCCGUCAUGUGCCCUCUUUUUUAACUAUUUGGUGUCAAAUUCUCUCCAUUUUUAUACUAUUCAACUGAAUUCGAAUAAAUAAACGGUAGAUUGAUAAAUA